AUGCAUGGAUUCGCCAGUCGCCGAGUCAACGUUGAUGCUGUCAUGCCACAUUUCGAAACCGCCGGUCGCGAUGGUGGCCUUGGGUUCAGACAGCAAAUGCGUGAAUUCAUGGGUCGUCUGGUUGGAGGAUACUCUCAACAUCAGGAGACAAGACAACUCGACAAUGAUAUCGCCAAUCGUCAGGACAUGAACAAUCAAGCACAUGUCGAAGAUCAUGAUUAUCAGAAUGCACAUGGGGUCGCCAUUCGCCAAGCUUUUCCAUCAAGCAAUAACGAGAUCGAAGGCUACAGGCUUCUACGCCUAACUCCACAAAUGCGGAUGCUAGCCCGUACGGCCAGCCCCGUUCCCUCACUCAGUAGUAACAUCCCAUACUACAACACCACAGACGAUGAAAACAAUGAGCUUCGAGGCAUCGACAAUUCCGACGAUAAUCCAUCGAGAGACCAAGAUUCUCAAGUACGACGCGGAAGAUCCCUUCGACGAGAUGGAAGCCCUGCCAGUGAUGCAUUUCCUGCGCCUCAGGGUAGCAACCACCCAUCGAGGGAUCAUUCUCAAGCAAACCGUGGUAGACAGCUUCUCCGAGCUUCAAGCUUUGUCAUCGAUCCGUGGGUAAGUCUUUGGGGUCCCAUCGGCCAACCGAACGAAUCGAUUACUCGGAGACCAUGUGGCAGCACCACACCUGGACAAGCUUCCAGCGUCGCCAGUGAGUCAGCGAGUGACCCAGUUUCGCAAGAACCACGCGGGAGAACCCUCCGGCGAGCUUCAAGCAUCGUCAAUGACCCAGUGGGUGACCCAGUCGCUCGGGAACCAGACAGCAGAGCACUUCGACGAGCACCAAGCGCCGUCAACGACCCGGUGAGGGGCCCACAUCUUCAGGAAUCCCACGGCAGGACACUUGCACGAGGUUCAAGCCUUGUGACUGAGCCAUGUACCGAGCUAUGGGAUAGCCUCCACCGAAUGGGCGACCCGAAUGCCCACCUGCCACGCGGCGCAAGCCCUGUCAGCAAUGUGGCUCGCCUGGGGCCGAGGCCAAGAGCCCUUGCUAAUCUGCUGCCCCGUAGCAAUGACGAGGCAAACCAGCGCCCCCGGCGUCCAGCUCUGCGGCCGCGAAUCUGGGCCUCCACCCGAAUCGCCAGUUCCACCUCCGCUGUCCAGGAACCUUCGAGCGGUUCUUCGCUGUCUGAGAUAUUCGCCAGCAGCGAAGAGGUGGAACAGGCAGAUACCCGGGUGGAGCGGUGGAUCGAGGAAGUCCGUCAGGCCUCCUGGCCCAGGUAG